ACUGCCAGUGUUUAGUAGCAAAUCUCAUGCCACGUUUUAUUGUCAUAAUUUUUGUUUUUUAUUUCCACGUUCACGGAAAUUGUUUUUCUCUUAACGGGGGCGGUACCGAUUCUUUGUGAUUUAUAAYGCGUGAAAAAUCAUAUUGAUUCCGAUUUCAGAAUGUGAUCGUUUUAAAUAUAUAUUCUACAAUCAAAAACCAGACGAAUAAGGCAAAAAUGAAAUCUGAACACAUCUAUGGUCUGAUUGUCUUGACGCUGUUCACCAUAUUGGACAUAGCUUCAUCAUAUACCACAGCUAAACACAAUAGUUGUUCAAGAUCUACAUGUUACAAUGAUGGAAAAUUUAAAUUCUUACCCGGUACCAUAUAUGUGUACAAACAUUCUAUUAGUACACAGACGACGUUUGAUAAAUCCAAGAACACAGCAUCGAUAGCCGAAUUUAAUUUCAAAGUUCACAUUCACAUUCAAGAAUGUGAAGGGUUCAUGUUUAUUACUGAUACUAGCAUUCAUAAAGGAGUGAAGACUAGAAACUCCAACACUGUAGACGAAGAAAACUAUUUAAGAUCUGAUGAAGAUUUUCUAUACGAAGAUUUGCAAAAAAAUAUGUUGAGAUUUUCAUUCCAAGAUGGUCAUAUUAGCACAGUCUGUCCCAGUGAAAACGAACCGGUAUGGGCUUUAAACAUUAAAAAAGCUGUACUAUCCACGUUUCAGAAUCGCAUGGAGAGAUUUGAUAUUCAUCACAUUGUCGCAGAGAGAGACAUCAACGGAUUUUGCCCUACAGCAUAUACGUUUUUGAAGUCAAAUGGUACGCAAAUAGUGGUAGACAAAGUAAAGGAUAUCUCAGAAUGUACCGAGCGAUACCACAUGCAUUCCAUAAUUCCAACCUCACCGUACGUUUUCCAAAUGGGCUCGUUUGUGUGGACACAUUUACAAAACCUGAAAAAGACUUCUGUACCAUUUUAUUUGGAGCUACAAACCAUGUUGGCUGGUGACAUAACCAAAAAAUUUAACACUGACAUACGAAAGUUUUCCAGAAAUUACGAAACUUCAUUUUUUUUAAGCGAAUAUGGCGUCGGUGGAUCUUUCGACAGUAAUGUGAUAUUUUCUCCAAAGUCUUAUAUACCUCGAUCGUUUACAUCAAACAUCACGUUAACCUUGUUUGGAGAAUACAUUAACAUACUUGAAGUGGAGGUAUAUGCCGAAGGCUUUGAAAACUACGUAGAAGCAUUAUUUAAGCCUGGAGGCGUAUUGAGCUCUGAACGUGUAAAAAAAGGAUUGGAUGUUUUGCGUUUCGUGCGAAGUUURAUCCCGGAGACACUCAAAGAUAGGAUUAACGAGUUGCCAAAUGUUGUUACAGACAAUGUGCCCCCACCAAAGAUAUCUCUGGCGAUCAAGAUAUUCGGGAACGAAGUUAAAUUUUUGCGUCUAAAUGGUGUAGAUGAAAUUAACAAAGCGAUCCGUUCUUUUGAUGUGUACAACAUUAUGAAAAGUUUCAUGAACGGACGAGAAUUUAAAUACGACCAAUCCGCUAUGUUUAUGGAUUUAAAAUACGUUGUACCUACUGGAAUUGGCAUGCCUUUGAUAUUAGACGCUGUCGGUACUUCCGUAAUAAACUUAAACAUGUCAAGUUUCAUAAAUGGAGAUGCUUUCAAAAACUUUGGAGAGUUCAAAAUGUUAACCAAAUUGUAUCCAAGUUUAGCUUUGAAUCUGGAGGGCUCAAUGACUAUGGACCUCCACUACGAGACUACUCAGGCCAAAGUCAAAUCAAAGUUGUACACUUCAACUGCGUUUGAAGGAACCACCGAGGUUAAGGGAUACAAAUUUGUGAAUUUAGUAUUUGAUUUGCCAAAGAUCAGAUCCGAUAUUAUUAGCAUUGAAUCCGAGUUGUUUUUAGAAGACCAUAAAUUAGACGUCGAUAUCAAUUCGAAUCGAAAUUCCAUGGCACCAUCUAAUUUGUCCUACAGUCUGCCCGUUCUCGAAGAGAUGAUGGGUCUCAAGUUAUACACUAAUUAUCGGUUACCAAACGUAACUGAAAUAAUCAAAUCACCUAUGGUUAUAUUUAACGGACCAUUGAGAUUGAACAUUUUUUUACUGAAAUCAGAUAUAAAAGUCAAUAAAUAUGUAAUYGAAUACAAAUGGCUCACCGGCAAAAAAAAUUCAUCCAUCAGCUUUGUAUACGAAACACCGGGAUCACACGUUAAACACUAUAUGAAAGCACUUCUGGAAAUAGACACUCAAACGCAAAAUUUCACAUUAUUAGUUCAUGGAAAAACUAUUCAGUUACACGCUUUGGGUUUGUAUAGGAAUUCUCCGUUGCACAAGUUGAUGACAUUCACACUAGACAUUAAUGACGUGAGACAUCUCGAUCUAUUGAUGGAACUAAAAAUCGAAAAUGAAAAAUACGGUCGUUUGUAUUUACCGAAAUUAUACCUAGACAUAAAUGCAAGGAGAAUCGCUGAACUCGAAGGUCAAUACAAAUGGGUGGAAAAAAAAGGGAUCUCUCAAUGCGAUAUCAACUUGACAUUUAAAACUAACAAGUUUGAUUCUACAAUUGUCGGUUACAUCAAAAUAAACGAUGCGUCAACAGCAAUAAAUUUGAUAUUUGAAUACUCAUUCGAUAAAGCUGUAACUCUGGACACGAUAAAACUGGAAGUGAAAAUCAGUGAUCGAUCUACUAAAGCCUUAUCGUCGUUACAAGGAAUCAUGCAAUUGGAAUCAUCAGCUUAUCCGCAUAUUAACCAUGUAACUUCGGCCAUAUACCAGAAAGCGCAAGGUCAUACAGAAUGUCGCAUCGAUUUCAUUAACUACCCUAACCUGAAGGACAACACUAAAAAGCUACACGUCGAAUUCGGAUUUACUCAAAUCAAAUAUUAUUCGGGUAACAAGAUAAACUUAAACUUAUUCGUCACUAAAGUGGCGGAAAACAUUUUUUUCAAAAUCAUAGCAAAUCAUCAAGACACGCAAACCACGUCCAACACCGCAGUUCUUAUUCAGUAUGCGCAAGAUAAAAAUAUCACUGCCAAACUCGACAUCCUUAUGCCUCCGAGUAUACUACUAAACGUUGAUUCAAGAUUCAAAUUGACAAUACCGUCGGGAAAAUUUCCGUUGGACAUACACAUUGUGGUCAAGGAAAAAGUUAUGAAUGAAUAUGACAUCGAUUUCGCGGGAACUUGGAUUGGAGGACAAAACGUAACUGCGAGAGGACUGUACCAGGACCACUCUUCAUAUUAUCUAACGAGUCAUACGCUCAAACUUUUAAUAAAAUCUCAUUUAUUCAACGACAUAGUGUUUAUGGGGAAAAUUUACGUGUCAGACGAGGAAUACAGAAUUGAAUCGUGGGUGGACCACAACAACACAAAGCACGCUAUACUCUUGAGACAUUUGGCUCGUUCCAAUAUACUGCAGUACGAAUCAUACGGAGAAUUGAAAUUAAAUACGAGCACGUAUUCGGUGUCCAAUUUAAUCGACCUGAAAAAUCACGAGAUUACACUGGACAUGCACUUGGACCAGUACAGAGACAUAUCGAUUUACGGCAAAGGAUUCGCCAAAGAAUGGAAUUCCCAUACGAUUUUCGAAAUAAAAUGGGACGCCAAUCGAGAUCCUGAUCAAAAGUUUUCAGUCACAUUCAAAACGAACACGAGCGAUAUCAUUGACGGCGAACAAUUUCUUGGUUUGCUGGUGAUAGAAUAUCCUGGUCGGACAGUGAACACCGAUUUAGAAUUGAAAUAUAUAGGACAACACUAUUUCAUUUUGAGUUCAUUUGAAUGGGAUCCCUCGUCAAAGAUUGACUUCUCGUUAAUAUUGAAAAACGAUUUCUUAUCAAAAGGAAGUGGAUACAUUGGUUGUAAGAUGCUCACGCCAUUCGAAAAUUGGCUGAAAACAUUAUACGAACAAAGCGUUAUGAUUGGACCGCAGAACUUGCACACAAACGGUAGUGUAAUGUGGCAAGGUAACCAAUACCUGGACUUUGAUGUACAAUCCGGUUACCAGACGCUAGACGAAGACUUUGGUUUYUCGUUUAAUACGGCCGUUAACAGUUCGCUGCAAGAUCUUAAUGCUAUUCGCAUAUACGUCAACCACAAUUAUGGUACCAACAGUUUCAACACCAGUGUGUUGCUCCAGAUAAAUCCAAAAUACGUAAUAUCGCURGGGUUGACUGGUAAAAUUAACAGCACGAAGACUGAAACUAUUUACAGCGGUUCGGUCACCACGCUCACACCGUUUUUUUAUUACAAGACAUUUAGCUUUGAGUCAGAAGUUGGUAUACAAGAAAAAAAACUCAAUGGUGUCGUCGGACUACAAAUAGAUUCGAGCAAUUUCAAAGUCGAGUUUCACGGUGUAUACUUUCCACUAGACAAUAGCAAAAUAUUGUUGAAGAUUUCAACUCCUUAUGAAAGUUACAAAACUCUAUUCGGGAAAAUGGGUUACAAAGCAAGAGAAAAGCAUAUUUUUUUCGACAUAUACAGUGAUAAUUUCAAACUUGGCAUCGAAUUGCGUUAUUUGUACAAAAAUCUAUCCAACUAUAAUCUUAAAUUACGAGUCAACACACCCGUAGAUCCGUUAAGGCAGUUGAUCAUUGCUGGUAAACUGAAUAGUGAAUUAGCUGACUUCCGAGUUGGAUGGAAUCACUUUGUGUUGGGCUUUGCUGGCAUUUCACACUAUGUCAGUUGGUCCGAUUUCGAGUACGCAUUGCAAAUUUACACGCCUAUAGAGAAGUUCACAUACAGCAGUGCCACCGUGAAAAUCUACAUCAUUGACGACAUUGAUUGUGAGAUCCGAGCGGUGUUACCGGAUUCGUCGAUGAUAGGCGUGAAACUCGUGUACGCAACUAUACCUAGACCAGAAGAAAUAGACGAAUAUUACUAUGACGAGGACGCCGAAUUAUCGAUGGUGCUCUAUAAUGGGCUAAUGGAAAUUGAUACGGCGUUUUACCCCUCGGUGAUUGCCAAUUUCAAUGUGACUCAAAAAGAUAUUAUGUAUACAACACAAGUCGGACUGUCGGCAAUCAUCAUAAAAGUCGCGCUGAAAGACGAAUUAUUUUUGAAGAAUUUCAUGGACAUCAAAAACGAACUGAAUGUGUCAACGUCGUACGAACGUUUCUCAAGAAUAUUUUCCGAGUUUACGGUGUUUGCUGAGAACGAAAACCAUAUUAUAUCCAAUUCGAUCGUGUCCAUAGUCAAUUUCAAUAAAACGUUGAAGACAACACUCGAYGCUGAUUUCUUGACGACGGCUUUAUCAGAUCCCGGGUCAGAAGAUCAGGACGACCCGGAUUUGGCAAACAACAUCCCGUUCGGUAUUUAUGAGAUCAAGUUCUAUUUGACUUCUCCGUUCAAACUCCUCGAGUUCUGUAACUCGAGCAUGAGGCUAAAAAUACUGAAGCAUUUGUACGAAACAAACAUCACGGUGAAGACCAACUAUACAAACUUGUUUGUCAUAGGCAACAUGGAGGUUUAUGACGGUUACUUCGAUACUGUAGUGGACGUGGAUGUGACAUCAAAACUAUUUGAAUUGCCUAUAUUCCGCGUUCAAGUGAAAAAAGAUUACACAGAGAUUGAGAAAAACGUGCAAUUCUUGAUUAGCAGACCAACGGUUUCGCAGGUCAAUGAGGUGGUGUUGGACAUCAAGAGCUCUUGGCAGAUAGAUGGAUUCAAUUACAUUAAAUUAAGUGGCGAAAUUAUCACGCCGUUUGUAGUCAUCAACCACGUGCAGGGAAGCUUGCAGUACUUUCACCAAAGCAGCACUAAGUCGUAUUUCCUAGAAUCGUACAUCAACUAUUCUAGGAAAGCCGAAAUGAAGGCCAGGGCUCAUUUAAAAGAACAAUCGAUCACUCUCAACUUGGAAUCUUCGCUGGAGGGUUUGAGGAAUGUACACUUUUUGGGUACGUUGUUUGCAAAAGAUGGUCGGAAAGGAAUUGACGCGAUUAUGAUCGGUGACCAGUCGUACAGGAUYAGUGGCUGGGCGUCUGCAAACAGCUCGUUUCCAUUAGCACUGGAAGCUUAUUUAACCAAACAAGGUGUUUCGGUUGGAAGUAUAGUAAUGCAGGUGAAACACGAUACUUACGGUUAUAUGAUUUUAGCCAUGUUGCAAUCUAUGAAGAAAGUAAUCAGACUAAGUACACUGAUUGUGUCUACAGACGAAGGAAAAAUGACUACUGUAGAGGAAAGAUUCGAAGCCAAUUCCACGGCGAUGAUACCGUCGCUCCGAAACAUAUCGUUUUCGACGCAUUUAAUAUUGCCACAAAACAUCACCAAUGAAUACGCAAUUGUUGGAAACCUGAAGAUUCACGAACAAUUUGAAUUUAUCUCACAUCUGUUCCAUUACCGGUCGCCAGAUUUGAAUUACGAAUUUGCCACGUUCAGCGAGGUUCUCUGGAACGAGAAAAUAAAUGGUUUGGUGACGUGGGCGUACAGGACGGAAAACCGCGUGUUUUUGGUUGACACGUUCAGUGGUAAGACAAUGGAAAAGUUUUACGAAAUACAUAAUGUGUUUGACGCGAGUUUCCUUAAGCACAGACACAUUUCUAAUUUAGUAUACAAAAAACCAAACAAACCACAUAAUAUCAAACACGACUUUAAGCGUAUGGAAGUGUUUAAACUUCAUAACAAGACCGAAUUCAACGUGACCCUGGAAAUGUUGCAAGACAAAUACGAAAUAGCCCGGGAAAAUACAUUGAAAGUGAUCAAUUUCAACUUCCACGUACUAGAAGAAGAUUUGGCGUAUUUCAGAAAGGUGUUCAAUAAUUCUUACAAUGCGAACGAGUUUUAUUUGAAAGAUAUCCACGGGCUGUACAUUGCAAUGACGGAGGACAUGUCAUUUAUGGACAAAAUGGGAUCGUUACCGCAGAUCGUCAAUGAAAUAUGGACUGCGUUAGGUGACACUGGACAAACCAUCAGGAAAUCUAUAGUUUGGUUUAUCGACAAC